AUGCGAGCCGCAUCGCUGACUCCAGCGCGGGCGACAUCGCCAACUCCAGCGUCAGUGCCGACCAUAUCGGUAGCGGUCGCGGCCCCGCCUGCAGCGCCCGCAGCCAAGACCACGGCAACCGCAGCGGCACCCUCAGCGACUCCAGGGCCCUCCACGGCAGAUCUGUCCCAGACCAUUGCCGAUUCGUUGGCGCGGUACACCCACCGAUUGGCCCAGACCAUGGAGUAUGGUCUCCAGUCCACCCACCGGUUGGCCCAGACCGUGGAGGAAGGUUUCCAGAAACUGUCGAGCCAGACCUGCGCUCCCACCACGUCUGCUGCUCCUGCUGGUGGUGCACCUGACGAUGAUAACCCAACAGCACCGACUCCAGCGCCACCAAUCGCGAAUGCGCUGGCGCUGGCAGAGCAGCAUGCGCCAACACCAGCCAAACGAGACAGACGAGCCGCGUUGCAUACACAGGUAGCACAGUGGGGCGUCCGAUUUGACGGCAGCGGGGACCCAAGAACGUUCCUUCGGGACCUGGAAGAUAAGGCAGAUAUGAGCAACGUGCGAGAGCGAUGCGAAGGCUGA